CUGAAACUUACGACGGACAGUUGGUAUGUGAAUUUCAUCGGUAAUGCCAAGAACUAUUAUCUAGGGCACAGAUGCCAAAUAUUCUGGUUCCAGUGGCAUCUAAAUGUGCCACUCUGUACAAUCAAUUACAGUAGAGACCAAAGCGAUAUUGGUUCUGGUACGUCUGCUCUUGGUACAGGCGUUAACCCGCACGAUAUUAGCUAUCUGCCUCAAUCAAUACUGCAGGAAACUGGCGUAAUGGUGGGCACAGUAGACAGCGCACAAGGAUCCACGAUUUUCUCGGACGCUAAGCUCAACGUAGCCCUUUCGAAUAAGGAGGGCCUGUUCAUCGAUGCAUCACUAAAAUUCUUGCAGGAGGUCGAAACCUGGUUAGCAGUCGUCCGCUGGUGCCAGAGAGUUGGUGGUCACGGACCUAAAUUUCCUCAAUGA